AUGUAUUAUGUAAAAUUUCAAAGUAAAGUUGAAGAACUUGAAAAAGAGAAGAAAUGUGCUCUUAAUUUAUAUACAAAUCUUGAGAUAAAAUUUGAAGAGGAUAAAAAUGAAUUGAUUAUUAAUUUAAAAGCAGACAAUGAUCGUUUAAAAAUACAAGUUAUGGAACAAUCUCGUGAGGAAGGACUGACAUCUUUAAAGCUUAGCACUGAAAAUAAAAAAGUUCAGUCAGAAAAUGAACAAUUAAAGGAAAAAUUAAAAAAUUAUGAAUCUGAAUUGCAUGAAUAUUCAGUUAAACAUGAAGGUUUAAAAAAGUCAAUUGACGAAUUAAAUAAUCAAAUUACUUCAAUGAAUGAAUUGGCUAAAAUAAAAAUUCAAAGUAAAGUUGAAGAACAAGAAAAAGAGAAGAAAUGUGCUUUUAAUCAAGAAAAUGUUAAAUUAAAUGAAGAGACAUUCCCAGGACGAUUUUUAGGGCCUGGGGGCCGGACACAGAAAGAAUUGGAACUCUCAUGCCGGUGUAAGCUUUUCCUUGCUGGAAAAGGCGUCAAACAUUCUAAAAGUGAAGAAGAAAUGCAUGUUCUUAUAAGUCCCAUCUAUCACAUCAACACUUCAGAUUUAGGCAAAGCUCAAAAAGAAAUUAUGGAACUAUUUAAAUUAAAAAGAAUGGAUCCUGUUCGAGAAGCACAAUUGACUGAAUUAGCAAGAAUUAAACAAAAAUUGGAAGAAGAAAAAGUAGCUGAAUCGGAAAGAAUUGAACAAGAACGUAGAGAAGAAAUUAAAAAAUGUCAAGAAAAAAAAGAUAAAGAAGAAGUAGAAGAUGCUUUUACAUGUUUAGUCUGUAAACAAAGAUUUGGAAAGAAACACAGAAUUCCAGUGCUAUUUACCUGCUCACAUACUUUUUGUGCAAUUUGUGCUCCACGAAUGAAAGAAGAAAAUUUAUUUACAUGUCCGAAAUGUCGGAAGAUAUCUUUGGGAAAUAUUCUAGAUAAUAAAAAUUAUCAAUUAAUAGAGGCGAUGGAAGCAAUGAAAAUGUAUGAAGACGAUGAUCCACCAACACCUCCACCAACUUCGUAUUUGUGGUAG